CAGUCGUUCAGCAAAUAAUUACUAACGCCCAAACUAUUAAAGAUAAAGAUGGAGCCACUAAGGAGGAAUUGGAAAAAGUUAUUGCUGACUUAAAAACUCUGGCCAACUCUCCAACUGAUAAAAACAAGUUGAAACUACUUGAACCUGAUCCCGACCAAGAAGGACCAAAAGUUCCACCGCAAAUACCACCCCCACCACCUUCUCCAACUAUAACACCGGAGGAAGUAGAAAAAUUUGGUGAAGAUUAUAAAGAAUUGAAACCUGCUCAAAAAGCAGGACGACAAAAGAUUGUAGAAAAUUGA